CAGCUGAACAGGGAGCCAGCACCAGCUUGGACAUCUGCAAAGUGCAAAGAAUAAGAAAGAAGCUUCUUUUUUUUAAUGGACAAUAACUUAGACAGUGACUGGUGAUACUGACAGUUGCUUUAACAGCCUUUUAGACAUUUUAUUGUAUUGUUUUAACAAGGUUUGGCCAGAAAGACCCAGACAUGUCGUUGGAGGUGAAGGAGAAGACUCAGGUGAGAGUGGUGUUUCUGGGGGCGGCGGGGGUCGGGAAGACGGCGCUGAUCCGACGCUUCCUGCAGGACACCUUCGAGCCCAAACACAGGCGCACGGUGGAGGAGCUGCACAGCAAAGAGUACGACAUCGGCGGGGUCAAAAUCACCGUGGAGAUCCUGGACACCAGCGGCAGCUACUCCUUCCCCGCCAUGCGCAAGCUCUCCAUCCAAAACAGCGACGCCUUCGCCCUGGUGUACGCCGUGGACGACCCCGAGUCGCUGGAGGCCGUCAAGAGCCUCCGGGACGAGAUCCUGGAGAUCAAGGAGGACAAGUGCACGCCGAUCGUGGUGGUGGGGAACAAGGUGGACCGGGGGGAGGAGCGGCAGGUGGCCACCGAGGACGUGCUGGCCACCGUGGAGAUGGACUGGAACAACAGCUUCCUGGAGGCUUCGGCGAAGGACAACGCCAACGUGGUGGAGGUGUUCAAGGAGCUGCUGCAGCAGGUGAACCUGCCCAGCCGGCUCAGCCCGGCGCUGCGCCGGCGGAGGGAGACCUUCCCCAAAGACACCGACUUCCGGCCGCCGAUGAACAAGACCAACAGCUGCCUUCUGUCGUAACAGCAGACGGGGAAGGGGGGUGGAAAGGUUGUCUUGUUUCACAGAGGUGGAUGUCAAAACGAAAGGAAUUCAGUGCAACUGCUGGUAAGGGGGGGAAAAAAAGACGGAAAUAAGCUCGGACUUCCGUUACUGCUGGCGUGAAGUGAAGAAACGCCCGACCGAGAUCCUGCAAAGACAUAACCGAAAGGAGAGGAGGGAACUCUGAACGAAGCUCCGAGCGUCCUUUAAAUCUGUUGUUAAACUUCAUGUUUCGUUCUUGCUGCUUCUCUGGUGAAACGUUGUUGGUGUGUACAGCGAUUUGUAGCUUUUCAAAUUUCAAACUCAUAUUAGAUCAAAAUAUUAAGACUGGUGCCAAAAUGUGGUCUCGUAGCAGGGAGAGCGCAGACAGUCGAUGUAGUGCUGUGCAAAACAUGCAUAUGUAAUGUACCGGGUUUUUUUCCUAGUAAUUCUCAUGUAGCACAUAAUGUUUACAAUUGUAAUUUUCUGUUGAGCAAGAAUUUAAAUUAACUAUCAAGCUUUAAAUGCACUUUGUUUUGAAAUAAAACUCCUUCAUAUAUACUGUACAUAUAUAAAACAUUGCAUUUAUAUAAUUUUCUUUUUUUUUUUUCAAUGUAGUCAUUUAUUCACUAAUGUGGUGUACAUGGAAUCUUGAUGGAAAAUAAAGAUGUGUAAGU